GCCAAUCCGACCCAAACCUACAAUGUCAGUCUCCUUCUCCUCCGCCGCAGCCUCUUCCUCCGCCGCAUCGUCGCGAGUCUGCACCAACCUUUUGGACCCGCUCUACCACCCGCUGGAGUACAUCAACCCCUUGGAGUGGCUCGAAUAUUGGUCCGACCGUCUUGGCGGGUGUGCCGACGCCGAGGAGACCCGCCACUUCGCUGCGCUCGAGCCGUACGUGGCGAGUAGCUCCGUAGAGCCGCCUCUUGUGGCCGCCAACGGGACACUCGCCGACGACCAGCUGGAUGUCGUGGUGAUGCGCUUCGCGACCGAGCAUGCCUACGCCCUCGCUGCCGCCUCUGCCGCCUUGCUCGCGCUGGCUAUUGCCUUGCGGUACCGCCAGGGCUCCUCGAGUGCAGCUGCGCGCGGCAUAGGGCUGAUCGACGCGCGGUCCGAGCGCUCGGACGGCCAGACGCCAAAGUUCAGGCUCCGCUGGAACAGCAAGAGCAACGCCUUCCAGUCGACGGCCUCAUCCGGCGACCUCGAGAGCCAGACGCCGCGCCCAAAGCCGCAGCAGCCCAAGCUCCCGCCGCCCCCUAAAGAGUGGGUUGUCAAGCAGCGCGCCGGCAGCCCGACGCGGCGCAUCGACUACUCGGUCCGACAGUCGGUGUUUCGCACCUCGCUUCGCGGCUCGCUCGUCCAAUCCAAGGUGGUCGCUCCCAUCUUGCCCGACGCCGUGGCGGCCACGCCGCGGAGCACGCACUUGCCGGUCAAAAACAAGCGGCAGUCGUUCAGCGAGAUCCUGUGAGGUUGCGCACUUCUGUGCAAGGAGCGCUAGAUCAGUCGACCGUCAGAUUAGAACCCCACAUGUCAGCCUCCUUGUGAGUCAGAAUCAUGAUCAGAAUCUAUGUGAGAGGGAAACGUGGAUCGCUCUCCACCGGCCACCGCCAAACGCCAUGACAUGUGUCUUAGCGCGCGCGCGGCGGCCUCUGGGCUCGGCCGUGACCCGUGCCUGUCAUGUGUGUGUGGACUGUCCCCAAGCAUUGCCAUCCUUGGGGAAACACGGCUUAUACGCGUAGAUAUUUCAUAUUACGCGCA